AUGGCCUGGCGCACUCGUCCGUGGGCUCAGGCUGCUGCCGCCGCGGCUCUUGUCGCAGCCUCCAGCUACGUGUCGAGUUGGUGCACACAUGACGUAUCGAGCGGCGCUGCGGGAGGCCGGCCUGUCCUCGGCCCACUGAACGCCGGCUUUGCAACCCUGUCGUACGAGCGAGACGCAGACCUGCCCCUUCCCCGCCUCGUGGUGACCGCAGAGCGCUCGGCUGCGACGGAUGACGACGUCAUCGGCGCUCUCGCCUUCGUCUCCAAGGUGCUGCGACGGCGGCGUCCAUUCUCGGUGCUCUACGACAUGCGAGCAAUCACGCUGCCGACGCUGUCGCGGAAGCAGCUAGGGCUGGGAGUCGACUGGGCGCGCGAGCAGGCUGCGCCGCUCGACGCGCAGCUGCAGUGCAUCGCCUACCUCAUCAGAUCGCCCCUCGUGCGAGCCGCGGCACAAGUCGUCAUUCGUUUCCUCAAGCCUCCUCAGCCCACGUUUAUUGGCGCUUGCGGCGACGCGGAUGCGGCUCUGGCCUUCGCCCGCGAUAGGUGCGCCGUCAAGCACUGGGGCGCCGAGAGCGCGGCGAGAGACCGGCGGUACGGCCAGCAGCGGAGCACGAUGAAAGGGGGUCCGGCCAACGAGUUCAUCUCGCCGGAGGGGCUGCGUGUGGACGGACGCCGGGCGGGCGAGGUGCGCCGGAUACGAUGCCGCAUGGGUGCGCUGCGCGCGGACGGCUCGGCAUACCUGGAGCAGGGCAGCACCAAGGUGCUCGUACGGGUGAGCGGCCCGCGGGAGGUGGCGAGGCGCGCCAAGGCGUCCCACGACGCCGCGCUGCUGACGUGCGAGUUUACGGCGCUACCGUUUGCGGGCGGCCAGCACCGGCCGCAGGGCCGUGGCGACCGGAACGCGGCCGAGAUCGCGCUGUGCGUGCGGCAGGUCUUCGAGAAGAUCGUUCAGGUGCAGCUCUACCCGCGUGCGCAGAUCGACAUCGCCAUCUCGCUGCUGCAGGGCGGCGGUUGCCCGGAGGCUGUCGUCGCGCUGCUGCCGCGCUCGGGCGCUCUCUCUCUCGUGCAGCUCGAGGCGCGGAUCCCGCUGGCGAGCCUGGACGAGGUGCUGCACACGGCGGCGCAGGGGUGCAGGCAAGUGCACGAGGUGCUUCAGGCCACGGCCGAGGUGCACGCACAGGCGCUGCUCCACUCACGAGGCAACUUCUCCACCUGA